AUGUCUUCCGCAGAACUAUCUUCCAAGAAGCGCAAGCGCGCCGAGGCCACCGCCGCUGCCCCGGACGACACCGCCGUGACCAAGAAGUCCAAGUCCGACAAGAAGGACAAGAAGGACAAGAAGGAGAAGAAGGCGGCCGACGCUGGACCCGCGACCGACUUCAUCGCCCUCGAGGAGUCCAAGGCCGAGAAGAAAGAGCGCAAGCGCAAGGAGAAGGAGGCCCGCAAAGCAGCCGAGGAGGCCUCGAUAGCAGACGUCGCCGACACCUCGGCCAUGGACGUUGACCCCCCCGUGACCGCGGAAGAAGCCAAGAAGGACAAGAAGGAGAAGAAGAGCAAGAAGUCCAAGCCCGCCGCGGACCAAGAAGAGAAGACGGAAAAGAAGGAUAAGAAGGAAAAGAAAGACAAGAAGGAGAAGAAGAAGGACAAGGAGACCAACGGCGAGACUCCCGCCGCCGCCGAAAAGACCAAGUCCGACGAGAAGCCGGAAAAGAAGUCCAAGAAGUCCAAGAAGUCCAAAGACGAGCCCGCCGCCGCUGAAGAAUCCCAGCCCGCCGCCGCCGCCGCUGAGGAAGAAGAAGAAACCCCCGCCGAAGGGGCGAAGAGGGAGAAGUACAUCGUCUUCGUCGGAAACCUCCCCUACACGGCCAACAAGGAGUCCAUCAACGCCCACUUCGCCGCUUACAAGCCCACCGCCAUCCGCUGCCUUAACAAGGACGGCAACCCUAACAUCUGCCGCGGCAUCGCCUUUCUCGAGUUCUCCAACGGCUCCAACAUGCGCACCUGCCUCGACAAGAUGCACCACACCGAGUUUGACGACGGCUUGUCGCCCGCGCGCCGGAUCAACCUCGAGCUUUCUGCUGGCGGCGGCGGCAAGAGCAAGUUCCGUAAAGAGAAAAUCAAGGAGCGCAACGUCCACCUUGACGAGAACCGCGUCAAGCGCCUUCAGAAGGAAGAGGAGUACAAGAAGCAGCGCGCGUCCCAAGGUGGCGUAAACUCCCAGCAGGACAGCAUCCACCCGAGCCGCCUGGCUAUGAUGUACCAGUAG